ACAUCUGCAGAGCAAUUGAGUUGCUGGAAAAAUUACAGAGAAGUGGAGAAGUGCCACCACAAAAGCUACAGGCUUUGCAAAGGGUCCUUCAAAGUGAAUUCUGUAAUGCUGUAAGGGAGGUGUAUGAACAUGUAUAUGAAACUGUGGAUAUCAGCAGUAGCCCAGAAGUUCGAGCUAAUGCAACAGCAAAGGCCACUGUAGCUGCAUUUGCUGCUAGUGAAGGUCAUUCCCAUCCCAGAGUGGUUGAACUACCCAAAACCGAAGAAGGUCUUGGAUUCAACAUUAUGGGAGGCAAAGAACAAAAUUCUCCAAUCUAUAUCUCUCGAAUUAUCCCUGGCGGUAUAGCUGAUAGACAUGGAGGCCUGAAACGCGGAGACCAGCUGCUUUCUGUAAACGGAGUGAGUGUUGAAGGUGAACACCAUGAAAAAGCAGUAGAACUGCUGAAGGCAGCUCAAGGAAAGGUUAAAUUAGUUGUGCGAUACACGCCAAAGGUCCUGGAAGAAAUGGAGUCGAGAUUUGAAAAAAUGAGAUCGGCAAAACGCAGGCAGCAAAAUUAACAUUGUAUGCAAUAACUUAAAGAGAAAAUAUAUUCCAUUUACGUUUUAUA